CAGCAUACUCUAGUAAACAAAGCACGUCCGCCAAGUCUGCAUCUGAGAGAGAAGUCGCACCAUGUCACACUGCUCACCUCUGUAGUGUGCGAGCUGUGGUUUAUAAUGGGCGGGCUGGGGUCCACUGUGUCGCUGUGUGUUAACAGGCAGGCUCACACAGGUGGACUAGUCAGACAGGUUUGGACUGGAAGCGCUUUUGUUCACUUUUUUUUUUAAAGGCAAUGUAGGCUUUUGGAGAGUUACCAUGAAGAUAGUUGCAACUGUAGCGCUUCUACACCUGUGUUUAUGUCUGACAGCGGCAGUUUCGGGUAGUGACACGACCGAAACGGCCCUGACAGUCGCACCGGGCGAUAUCGCGCUACUUCCGUGUUACACCGUCGGUAAUGUAACACCGACUUUAACGACAUGGAUGAAAAACGGACGAGAAGUCGUUAGAAGUGGCACUUCUUUGCUGAGCCCUUCACCCGCCGGACAGCGCCUCACGGUGCUGCACGAUGGAAGUCUGAACUUCCGGGGGGUGAUACCUGGAGAUGAGGGCACCUACCUGUGCAGCUCCACGCUGCCGGGCAACAACACCUUUCACGCACGUGUCCUGCUGCAAGUAACCCAUGGUCCAGAGAACGUAUCUGCGUCCAUCAGUCCAGCCACUGCCCUGUCCAACGGGACGCUCAUCGUCUGCCGGGGUUCCAGCGUCUCCUUUAACUGUUCCGGCUCCUCCUACCCCUCUCAGCAGCUGACCUGGGCCUUCAGAGGAGCUUCGUUCAGCAACGAGUCGCUGGUUUCAACCUCAGGAUCCUGGCUGGACUUCAGGAUAGAAAACAUUCAGCCCAGCGCUCAGGGAGUUUACAGCUGCAGAGCAAACAACACCGUCUCUCUUCAGACAGUCAAUACGAGCACACAGCUGCUAGUAUACUACGUCCCAGACAGACACCCUGAGUGUAUGUGGGCACAGGCACAGGACCCGUCCCACAUCCAGUUCAACUGCACCUGGUUAGGAGCGUACCCCACCCCAACGCUACGCUGGGGGGAAGACCAGGGAGACCAAGGAGCCCUCUGGAAAGGACACGUUUUAGCAUCGGAGGUGACAGAGAGCCUGUCUGUGACGCUGAACCGCUCAAUGCUGUCCGACGGGCAGACGGUGAGGUGCAUGGCCCAGCAUCAAGCGCUCACUCCGGGAAAAGAGAAGUCGUGUUCGUUCACCCUCAAACCUCCGUAUCCUGAUGGCGAGCCGCUGGUCACAGCGUUGGAGGCGACCAGCACUACUCUAACCUGCACUGAGGCCGUGUCCAUCCCCCCUGCAGACACCACGUGGAGAAAGGGCCUCCAGCAGGAGGACAUUGUUCCCGGAUCCAAGUACGUCCUGACUGAGGAAGGCCCCGUCCUCAAGCUGACCAUACACAACAUCAGCAAGGACGACGAAGGCGUGUACUUCUGCCGCAGCGAGAACCCCCUCGCCAUCCGCGAGCUGGAAGUCUACCUCACUGUGAAGAGCUCCUCAGAAUACACAGGAGCGAUCAUCGGCGUCUUUAUAGCUGCACUGAUCGUUGGAUCAGCCGCAAUCGUAGCCAAAACUGUUUUCUCCAGCCGACACCGGAUUUGCCUGGGAGAUGGCUUUGGGCACAUAGAGGUGGACAGAGGAGAUGUGCUGAGUCUGGUGGAGUCAGACGACGAACAGAUGUUUCAAGAUACUGUUCCCCGGCUGCCUCCGUUAACCAACGGACACCACACAACGCUCGUCCAGAUACAUCAAAUCCCGUCGAGUGAUCAUGAGGAUGCAGAAACGGCUGACAGGAGCCCGCAGCAGCAGGACGAUACCGUACAGAUAGAAGAGCCAGUGGAUCUUGUAACAUUUUAGGUAUCGGGUGUUUUUCGAUACGUGUUUUAUUCUAGGUAAACACCAUUUACUCCCGUGGACAAUGUGAACAGAAUCAGUGGAAAAAUCAUCUAUUUUAAUUUGUUAUUUUUGUAAACAGGGUUUUGAAUUUUUGUAAACUUAUUUCUAUGAUUGAUUCCUUCGUACAGCAUUUUGAAUAUGUUGCUCUGAUAUUGAUAUUCAUGCAGUAAAUGAAGCAUCACAAAAUGUGAUGUGACAAAGAC